GGUGAAUUAUUGGUGUACAAGUUGUUCAUCUCCAGUACCAUGUCGAAAUUUCUGCACCUCCCACCGACAAGCGCCAGGAAAGAACUUAAAGCCGUUCAAGCCAUUAACGAAGAUUUAGCACAAAUCAAGAGGGCGUUAAGUAAUGAAAACUUAGCUGGACUAUUCGAAGGACGUGCACUAUACUUCUGUAGAGGGAAGCAUCGCAACAAUAAAGAACGGCUUGAUAAAGUCGCGAAAAUCGUGAGGACGACAAGAGAGGAAGUACUUCAGCUCGAAAGCAUCGAUAUACGAACAAAUACUAAUCCUGAUCGCUAUGAAAAGGAGAUACCUAUUCUCAAAGAUGGUUGUGCGCUAUUGAAUCAGUUGAAGAAACGGCCAACUCCAAUCGACGAACUGGACGGUAUAAUGGACGAAGCCAUCACAAAGGACAGAGCUGCAUUCGAUAAACGUAUCAAACGUAUCAACGAGCUACAGAGGCCGAAUCCGCAAACCAUUCGAGUUCGGUUUAUGGAUGAGCCAAGUAGAAGUGAGGAAGUUAUAACGGAUAAUUUUCUUGUUUACGGGGAAGUAAGAUGGCACUUGUUGCAAAUGGGCAUUGUCGACGAGGCACUUGACGUAUGGGUUCGACAUUCAAACGAACAGAAGUCACUUAGGGCCCCCAACCUCUGCUAUUGGGAGUACGUCAAGCCCAGACAGGCCAUCGAGAAGGACAAGGAGUCAUUAGAGCUCGACAUUGUGAAAAUAGGAAAUAAAAAGGCGUACAUUGUAGCCGUACUACAAGAUAUGAAUGAUCAAAGUCCAAUGCCUCUAGCUGACUUAGUUCUUCCCAAAGAGAUAGCAAGGGGUGGAGGCAAUUGCUGCAAUACAACGAAAUGUCGUGAUCUUCGCGAGCACUUGAAACAACUGUGGCCAUCACAUGUCGUAACUCAGAUCAUUCGACUCAGCGAGCCUGAACUGAAUCCUCUAGACUUGUGGAACUCGAGCGGUGAGGCAGACCCAAGUUCAGCAGACGUGUCACCUCCGACGAGGGAAGCGAGGGCGAAGUGCUGGAGAUCCCGAGAUGAAUUUUUUGCUUGUCUUGAUGCUUCCAAGAUCGCGUCACCUGCAGACAAGGGCGAGCACUGCAAACAGGAAGCGGCGGCCUACGAAACCAACUGUGCUAAAAGGUAG